AUGCUGCUCAUACAGAUGUGGAUGGUGGUCCUCCUGGCUCAGGCAGACGACACCCCAUGCAGGCAGCGAGGGAAGCCUGAACACCCACAGCUCCAAAUGGAUGGAGAUAUCAUCAUCGGAGGGAUCUUCUCUUUCCACAACACCUGGGUUGAGAGUGAACCCACAUUUUCUACAGAGCCAAAACAACCACAGUGUGAGAGUUUAAGCCUCAGAGAAUUUCAAAAUGCUCAAACUAUGGUUUUUGCCAUUGAAGAAAUCAACAACAGCACUGCCAUACUUCCUGGUGUCUCCAUGGGCUAUAAGAUGUAUGACUCUUGUGGUUCCAUAGCACUUGCUAUCGCAGCAGCAAUGUCUUUAAUUAAUGGACAGGAAGGAUCUUUCAGAGACAGUAACUGCUCCAGUCCAGCAGUUCAAGCCAUCAUCGCAGAAACCUCCUCAACACCAACUAUAGCAAUUUCAUCUUCCAUUGGGCCUUUACACAUUCCAGUGAUAAGUCACUUUGCUACCUGUGCAUGUCUCAGUGACAAAACCAAACACCCAUCAUUUCUCAGAACCAUUCCUAGUGAUUAUUAUCAGAGCAGAGCACUGGCUCAGCUGGUGAAGCACUUUGGAUGGACCUGGGUUGGAGCUUUAUGCAGUGACAAUGACUAUGGAAACAAUGGUAUGGCUACCUUUGUGAGAGCGGCACAAGAGGAAGGCAUCUGUGUAGAGUACUCUGAGGCUUUCUUCAGAACUGAUCCCAGCGAGAACAUUGUGAGAAUAGCUGAAAUCAUAAAGACGUCCAGCUCAAAGGUUAUUGUGGCUUUCGUUUCCUACUCUGACAUGGAGGUUUUGCUUAAAGAACUGUCCCUACGGAAUGUCACAGGAUUGCAGUGGAUUGGCAGUGAAUCCUGGAUUUCAGAUUCAAACAUCGCCACUGGAGAAUGGCAACACAUUCUGAGAGGAUCUUUGGGAUUUGCCAUCCCUAAAGCUAAAAUCAGGGGCCUGAAAGAUUUUUUGCUCAGUAUACACCCAUCUGCCAGCAUAUCCAUUUACAAUAAGCUGUGGGAAACUAUGUUUGGAUGUUUGCUGCCCAUACCCAACAAUAAGGAAGAUUAUAAUUUUUGUAGCGGCACAGAAAGUUUGAGUGACAUACAAAACCAAUACACUGAUGUCUCAGAACUGCAAAUUGCCAAUAAUGUCUACAAAGCAGUGUAUGCUAUAGCUCAUGCCCUGCAUAACAUGUAUGCUUGUGGAAACAGUCAGCUCAAUGAUACAUGCAAGGAAGGGGCUGGAGAAACUGAGCCAUGGCAGGUUCUACAACACAUAAAGAAAGUUAAUUUCUCUACUCUUCAUGGUGAGGAAGUUUUCUUUGAUGAGAAUGGAGACCCUGCAGCAAAGUAUGAAUUGCUGAACUGGCAGGAUGGUAAAGAGGGAAAGACCAACUUUGUGACAGUGGGUGUCUAUGAUGCAUCUUUACCACCACACCAUCAACUCUCACUGAACAAUUUCACCAUUGUCUGGGGGAAAGACCAGGAACAGGUGCCUGUGUCAGUGUGCAGUGAGAGCUGUCCUCCAGGAAGUCGGAAGGCUGUGCAGAGAGGAAGGCCUGUCUGCUGCUAUGACUGUGUGCCUUGUUCUGAGGGAGAAAUCAGCAAUACAACCGAUUCUAUCAAUUGCAUCACAUGUCCACAGGAAUUCUGGUCAAAUGAGCAAAGGAAUCGAUGUGUCUUAAAAAACACAGAAUUCCUGAAUUUUGAAGAAAUUAUGGGUAUAUUGCUGAUGAUAUUUUCAUUACUUGGUGCUACUUUAACUGUCGGUGUAGCAAUAAUAUUCUUUGUACACAAAGACACUCCCAUUGUGAAAGCCAACAACUCAGAGCUGAGUUUCCUGCUGCUCUUUUCAUUGAAACUGUGUUUCCUUUGCUCUCUUACCUUCAUCGGCCGGCCCUCUGAGUGGUCCUGUAUGCUGCGCCACACUGCUUUUGGGAUCACCUUUGUCCUCUGCAUCUCUUGUGUUCUGGGGAAAACAAUAGUGGUGUUAAUGGCCUUCAGGGCAACACUUCCAGGCAGUAAUGUCAUGAAGUGGUUUGGGCCUCUCCAGCAGAGACUGAGUGUUCUUGCUUUCACUCUCAUACAGGUCCUUAUUUGUGUGCUUUGGUUAACCAUAUCCCCUCCUUUCCCCAACAAGAACACAAAGUACUACAAAGAAAAGAUAAUUCUAGAAUGUGAUGUAGGAUCAGCAGUGGGGUUCUGGGCAGUGCUAGGUUAUAUUGGGCUCCUCUCUAUAUUGUGCUUUGUUUUAGCUUUUCUAGCUCGUAAAUUGCCUGACAACUUCAAUGAAGCCAAAUACAUCACAUUCAGCAUGCUCAUAUUCAGUGCAGUCUGGAUCACCUUUAUACCAGCUUAUGUCAGCUCACCUGGAAAGUUCACUGUUGCUGUGGAGAUCUUUGCAAUUUUAGCUUCCAGCUAUGGGAUGCUUUUUUGUAUUUUUGCUCCAAAAUGUUACAUUAUACUGGUGACACCAGAGAAGAAUACAAAAAGGCACAUGAUGGGAAAGAUGCCACCAAAAUCACUUUAA